AUAAAUCAUCUAAUUACCGCUUCAGAGCUCUUGUGGCAGCGCGCAAAGCCUGAGUUCAUCAUCCAUGGAAAGACGGAGACAAAAUUUCCCACGGAUGAGGAUCGGCUAGUCGAUUGCUGUUGUGAGUGCAUGUAGGUUGACGAGCGUACGCAACGUGGGCAAGGGGAGGAAUCGACAGGCCUCGUGCUAGUGAACCCAAGCGCGCGGAAGCGGCCCGCUAUGACAUAUGAACUUCUUCACGCUCCAUCUCCACAUUAACUUUCAACCGCCAAACCUCCACGAUGCCGCGCCACAGCUACACACCCGAAGAAUCCACUGCGCAGUUACCAUCGCAUGCCGAUUCGAAGUCACGUGAACCGCGCACCCACAGCAAACACCACCGCUCGCACCGCUCGCGCUCCCCCCGUCGCGACGAUGACACGCACCGACACAAGCGCCACCGCUCGCGCUCACCAGCCGCAUCCAGACCCAUAGCCCUACCCUACAAAGCAAAGCCUCUAUCAAAGCGCCACUACGACGACUACAAACCGCUCUUCCAAUCCUACCUCGACAUACAAAAGUCCAUCCAACUAGACAGCCUAGACAAGCGGGAGAUAAAAGGGCGAUGGAAGAGCUUCGUCAGUCGCUGGAAUCGUGGGGAGCUGGCAAGAAGCUGGUAUGAUCCUUCGAUGUUGAAGACGGCGCAGGAGACUGUGCAUACGUAUCGUGAGACUUCUCCUGGGGUGCCUAGGAGAAGAGCGUCGCCUAGCUAUGCGCGGAAGGAAGGAGAGGAGGAAUCAGAUGCAAGCGACGAUGACUUUGGUCCCGCACCGCCUACAAACCUCCCCAGAAAUACCGGCCACGGUCCCACGAUACCGAAGAUGGACGAUCUGACAUACCGCAACGAACUCGUCUCCGAAGACCGUGCAAAUGGCCAAUCAAACUACAUCGACGACAUCCGGCACGCCCGCAAAACCGAUCGUAAAUCGCAGAAAGAAGCUCUAGACGACCUAGUACCCCGCGCAGAGCCGAACUCCCGCGAGCGCCAACUAGAGAAGAAACGCGAAGUCACCAGCACCCUAAACUCCUUCCGCGAUGCCAAAGAAGCGGGCGAAGUAGACGUCCCAGAGUCAGACCUCAUGGGCGAUGACGGCAUCGAUGUGUACAAGAAGAAGAAGAAAGAGCAGGAGAGACAGAAGAAUGAGAGGGAGAUACGACGGGAGGAGAUCGCGCGGGCGAGGGAGGCGGAGAGGAAUGAGAGACUGGCGGAACGGAGGGAGAAGGAAGCGGGGACUAUGGAGUUUCUGAAGAGGAUUGCUGCGGAGAGGUUCGGGUAGUGGUGGGAUAGGAGGGGUAUAUUUAACGGGAAGAUAGUUCAAGAGAUGAUAGUCCGAACCGACUGAUUGGCGUCGGUUUAGUGUGAUUGAGUGUAAUGUACAAAUGGU